GGCAAGAAUACCCCAAACCCACCAUCUCGGUGAGCCCCAGCAGGGUGGUGGCGAUCAGGGGAAACGUCACCAUCCGCUGUACGGGUCGGUACCCGGACAUGGAGUUCUUUCUGCGUAAAACUGGACAACUGAACCUGCAGAGGCAGACGGUGCCUGAUGGGACCGUGGCUGAAUUUCCCAUCGCCAAUGUCAGCCGGGAAGAUGGAGGGAGCUACACCUGCGACUAUCGCUCCAUAGCAGAUCAGAGUCGCACAUCACAUCCCAGCGACCCUGUCGAGAUCAUUGUUGGAGAGCCCAGCUACACCAAACCCAACAUCUCCAUGAAACCCAGCAAGGAGGUCCCCCUGGGGCGAUCCGUGAGCGUCUGGUGUCGGGGGCAGGGCCAGGGACUGAAGAUCGUGCUGAAUAAAGAUGGACGUCAUUUCUCACCUGUGGAUUCGGACGGGUCGGAGGUUGUGUUUUCCAUCACCAAUGUGAGCCGGGAGGACGGCGGGAGCUACAGCUGCUCCUAUCACAGCAGAUCGGAGCCGAUCGCCGUGUCGUACCCCAGCGACCCCGUGGAGCUGGUGGUGAGAGAUCCCAGCUUACCCAGACCCUCCAUCUCUCUGAGCCCCACUGGGGUCACCGCCCCAGGGGCAAACGUCACCAUUCGGUGUCAGGGGCAGCGCCAGGACGUGAGAUUCUUCCUGCACAAGGCUGGAGACCUGAACCCGCCGCGACACAUGGACCCUGCUGGGGAUGGGGCCGAGUUCCACAUCCCCACCGUGGGCCGGCAGCACGGAGGGAACUACAACUGCAGCUACCGGCCCCAAUCAGAGCCCUUCGUCUCAUCAUACCCCAGCAGCUAUGUGGAGCUGGUGGUAGCAGAUCCCAGCUUACCCAGACCCUCCAUCUCUCUGAGCCCCACUGGGGUCAUCGCCCCAGGGGCAGACGCCACCAUCCGGUGUCAGGGGCAGCACUGGGACGUGAGGUUCUUCCUGCACAAGGCUGGAGACCCGAACCCGCAGCCACACAUGGACCCUGCUGGGGACGGGGCUGAGUUCCGCAUCCCCACCGUGGGCCGGCAGCACGGAGGGAACUACAGCUGCAGCUACCGGCUCCAAUCAGAGCCCUUCGUCUUCUCGGAGCCCAGUGACCCCGUGCAGCUGGUGGUAGCAGGUGAGGGGCCCGGCUCGACGUCCCCGCUCCCAGCCCCACCCCCAGCCAGUCCUUCACGGGGGGCUCCAUGCUGCUGGACGCUCAGAGCCAG